AUCCCCAUGGCACGGAUGAUAGUUUUCAAUAUUUAGAAACUAAAGGUUUACUCUCUUGGUUUCUUGCCAAAAAACAUGGAAGUGGCUGUUGAGCUUGAAGAUGAUCUGUUUUUUGCAGACUUAAGCGAGCGGAUCUCUCUGCUAAUCAUGGAUGAUGAAGAGCCGGUUUCAAGAUGUACUUCAGUUUAUUUCCAGACAUUCUGUGGAGCAAAUUAUCCAAUAACACAAUCAUCGCAUCUCCAAGAGCAAAUCUGCAGAAGAGAAAGCAAAGGCACAGGAGUUUUUAUCCCAAAGGCAUCACAUCCAAGAAGGAAGCAUAGGCAAGGCAAAUACAGUUCAUUCAACAGAAAGUCUAACAGUCAGCAUGAUAACACUACAAAAAUGGCUUCUCAAGCAUGUUUUAAUCAUUCUUUUUACCCUGGCAAAGGCUAAGGAUAAACAUCUUCCAUCUUCAUCAAGGGUAACUUAAUAAAGGGAAAUCACUACUAAUCCUCUAGUCAACAACUGCCGAUGGCAUGUUAG